GUUUGUAUGGAAGACUUUUGGAAGCGCUGCCCUAAAAGCUACCAAGCAUGGAUGCAUCCAGUCAGCGUGCAGUCAGCCUUAUCCUUCUGGAAUGUGUGGCAAGGUCAGUGGCAGCGGCGCGUGCACUCGCCGGGGGCCAGAGCGCCUGGGAGCACGCACGCGAGUGCACGACGACAGCGGACGCGAGCACGCAGCUCAGGCGAGCUCCUGCAGAUCAUCACCUUUCUCCAAACACUUUCAAAUUGGCCAAAAGUACCACAGGAGCUCGGGAAAGGAGACAAUCGGCUCACCGACAGUAACGGACAUCUGUGGGAUGUAGCGCUGACCAUAAAAAAAACCCAACCUCAAAUCUCUGCAUUCAUGGUCUGGCAUUGUGUAAGACGAGCGCAUCCUUGAGUAAAGCAAGAGAAAAAAGGCGAGCUUCAACAACCCAGAAAAGGGGGAAAAAUGCAAAUCCAGCGUUCUUUUUUACUUUGAUUUUUUUUGUUGUUGUUUUGUUUUGUCUGAAGCAACCGGGCACUCAAUUCUUUUAUUGAAUAUGUGUCAGAAGGGAAAGUCAACACACCGACGGAGAUGAAUCCAUAUGUCACCUCUCAUUUCAGGAGGGAUCUUUUUCCCCAUUUUUAUUUGUUGUAGAACGAUGCAGGGAAUACAGUACGUGGAUGCACCUGUAUAUGUACAAUAAUAUCAGUAGCUUCUAUUAAGGUGUUCAAUGUAAGUGUUUGGUUUCAUCCAAAGGAUUUCAUAGUUUUUAAACUUAUCAGGACUCGGGAGAGUGAUGAGGAAAUCACUAAACAAGGUAAAUGCUAACUGUACAUGUUUUAAUUGUCAGAUGUUUUAAUAAUUCCAUGUGAUUGAUGCUUAUUUUGAAGUGUUUCCUCAUGUACUUAAUUUUGCCAGAAAUUCUGGUUUUCUGAGCUCAGACUGAACUUCUCAAAGCCACUGACAUUUUCUCUGUCACCUGCCCUAAGACACAAAACUCUAACACCAUCUUCUUGACUUGACCCCAGAAAACCUGAAGAAGAUAUCUCAGGUGACCUGUGGACUUACCUUUUUGCAUUGCAUAAAUCUUCCAACGAACAUGAUUCAUGUAGAUAUUCAAGUACAAAGUAAUGAGUUGCUGUUGUUUUUUUCCCCCCUUUUGUAUCUGAUCAGGCUUCUCGCCAUUGACGCUGAGGUUUAAUUGAGGUAUGUCUAGUUGGGUAUCGACACGUUACAUGUGAUUUCUUGUAAUAAUCUUCAGUGAAUUCACGAUGGCAGUCGGGCAGAUAUCGAGACAUUUGAAGACAAAAUGGGAAGUUGUUAAAGCUGUAACAUGAUUGCUAAAGAAGAGAUGGCUAUCCAACUUCUUUUACUUGGCCCCUUUAUGUGACAUUGAUCUUGACUUCUAUAAAUAGCUGCCAGUCUUGACAGAACUUAAAUGAGCUGAAAUUGAUUUGUUUGUUGAUUUUGUAACAUGAGUUGAGUAUGUAAUGUCUUCAAUGUGCUGUUUUUUUUUUUCUUUUGGCAUAGCAAUACCAAGGGAUUAUGAAUCUGAAGAACUUUCUCGUAAGAACCAGCAUGUUUUUUUGGAAUUUCUUUUCAUUUGCAUGUUAUCAUAUCUCCCCCAGUAUUUGUCUAUUUCCAGAGUUUGCACCGAUGUCCAACAUGUUCGGAUGUAUGCAUAGCCGCUGUCAAAUGCUGCCUAAGAUUCCCUUCCGGUUUAUUUCUUUAAACUGAGCAAUUCCUGCAUGUUUUUUCAUGCCUGUCGAGGUCAGCCUUUCCUUUCCUCGCACAUCAGUCCUUACCUCCAGAAUUACGCCGAGUUACCAUUACUGUCAUUGUUUUGAAGUUUACUUCAAUUUCUGGACACGGUUCUUUCAAGAGCACACCUAAGGUUGUACUUUAUGAAACCGGUUUUGCCGUGUGAUUUGACCAUGAAAGGACUUUUCUUGCAAACAACAUGGAAAGGACACCCGCAGCAUGCAACUGACCCAUGACUUUGAAGGGAAUUCUCCUAUUACCGUUGGACACUAUGGAUUGUGAUUAUUUUUUUAUUUUAGGAUGCACUAAAGACUGACACCAUUGUUACUCUAUCGCACGACUUGAUUGUGUCACGUUGUACAAAAGUGAUACUUGAGAGAGCCUGAUGGGCGCAGCACGUGUGAAACGGCGCUUCAGUGCUGUGGUGGAUGGGCCAGUAGAGGAGGAGGAGGUCAUGAGGCUGGCACAGAGUGCAGCAGACACAGCUAAGGCAGGAGGUAGCCCAACUGGUUCCGGAACCCCGAGCAGCCCCUCCCCGACCCACGCCGUCAAUGGCAUCGCCCUACCUCUCCACAGCGAUGCACGGAGGCAGAGUAGCACAGGAGAGUCAGCGGGAGGAGAAGGCGGGGAGAGAAUGGGGGCAAUGUGCUCAGACCUGAGGAGGGGAAGAGGAUGUAGUGAAGGAGGAAGAGGGGAAGGCCGGUCCACCUCAGACCGGGAUUCCCUUUCUUCCCUCUCCACUACGCACCGCUGGCGCACCAAGCGUGCAGGCCGCCGGCCCCGAAGGCGCUUUGUGGGCAAGGACGGACGCUGCAACGUUACCUUUGUCAACAUGAGCGAAAGGGGCCAGCGGUAUCUCAGUGACCUCUUCACCACCUGCGUAGACAUCCGUUGGCGCUGGAUGCUGGUCAUCUUCAUGCUCUCCUUUCUUCUGUCCUGGCUGCUCUUUGGAUUUGUCUUCUGGCUCAUUGCUUCUGCUCACGGGGACCUCUCCAUUCGCCUCCUCCCCAUCACUGGCCCCUCAAGCGACAGGGAGGAGGCGGGGACGGCGGGGGCGGCGGCGGAGGAGCCGUGCUUCCUCCAAGUGAACAGCUUCAUGGCAGCCUUUCUCUUCUCCUUGGAGACGCAGACGUCCAUCGGUUACGGAUUCCGAAGCGUGACCGAACAAUGUCCCCUGGCGGUGGCGGCGGUCGUUUUGCAGUGCAUCGUGGGCUGCAUUAUUGACGCCUUCAUCAUCGGGGCCGUCAUGGCUAAGAUCGCCAAGCCCAAGAAGCGCAACGAAACUCUGGUCUUCUCGGAAACAGCCGUAGUGGCCCUCAGGGACGGAAAACUCUGCAUGAUGUGGAGAGUUGGAAACUUGCGGAAAAGUCACCUGGUGGAGGCGCAUGUCCGAGCACAGGUGUUAAAGUCCCGGGUGACACCAGAAGGAGAGUUCCUCCCACUGGACAACUUGGACAUCAAUGUGGGUUUUGACACCGGCACCGACCGGAUAUUCUUAGUCUCGCCCGUCACAAUCGUCCACGAGAUCAACGACGAGUCGCCUUUCUUCGAGAUGGACCGCAAGACCCUGGAAAACGACACGGAACUGGAAGUGGUGGUGAUAUUAGAGGGCAUGGUAGAGGCCACAGCGAUGACCACGCAAUGCCGCAGCUCCUAUCUGGCUACGGAAAUCCAGUGGGGAUAUCGUUUUGAACCUGUGCUCUUUGAGAAGAACGACUUCUAUGAGGUGGACUACUCAUACUUCCACCGGACAUACGAAAUCCCAAACACACCUUUGUGCAGCGCUAAAGAGCUCGCAGAACUUAAAUACUUCAAGAGCUCAUGCUCAUCAUUCUGCUAUGAGAACGAAGUCGCUCUGCAGCUCAUUUCUCCUGAGGAAGCGCCUGACCCGGACCCCAAGUGCCCUGUCGCGUCAAACAGGACACUGUCAGACGACCUCCACUUCAGUUGAGAAACUGAUUGGAAGGGAAGGCGAGAA